AUGAAUAAAUUCACUUUAUUAGCAUUAAUUUUAUGCUUCAUUGGCAUUGCUUUUGCCUGUGAUGACUUCAACCCAAAUACCUCAACUAUUGGCCAAUGUACUGGUUCACAAAAAGUUGGUUGGGUUCCAACUGACAACGCUCCAGUCCUCACCCCAGCCGAUCUCGACCCAACUGAACUUGCUGUCCACGAAGAACGUAUGAACUAUAUCCUCCAAAUGGGUACUGCCUUAAAAAGAAAAUUCAUUGCUUCAAUCUACCAUCAAAACGGUACUUUAAUGUGCACUGGUGUUAACAUGGGUAAACCAAAUAUCAUUUCACAUGGUGAAAUUGUUGCCAUCAACAACUGUACUGCCAUGCACGGUAUCACUGUCUUCACCAACUACACUCUCUACACCACUGGUGAACCAUGUGCUAUGUGUGCCUCUGCUCUCCUCUGGGCUGAUUUCAAGACCAUCGUUUGGGGUACCUACAACGCUGAUCUCCUCUGCAAAAUCUGUAUGUCAAACAUUCCAAUGGAUUCAGCUUACAUCUUUGGUCGUUACUAUGGUUUAAGAUCAACUGCUCCAAGAGUUAUUGGUGGUGUUCUCCGUUCACAAGCUGAUGCCUUCUUUGGUUCAUACUGUUCAAAUCCAAACUCAAUCUACUACAUUAAACCAAGAUGUGCCUGUACCAACACUACUUCACCAUUAAAGAUUGAACAAACCCAAUACUCAUCAUGGUUCGAAGGUGGUGUCACCAAAACUCAAUUCGGUGGUGUCAUUACUAACACUGCUCAAUACACUGUCACCAACCCAACUUUCACCUCAACUGGUGUCAAACCAACUUCAAUCUGGGGUAUGGUCAACGAAGCCAACACUGACAACUGGUCACUCCAAUGGUACCCAGUCAUUCAAGCCGGUCAAACUUAUUCAUUCGGUUACAUUAUUACAGGUACUGAACCAAUUACCUUCCAACCAACUGCUUAA